UGUAACCCAAUGAUGUCACUGACAGUGUUGUCCCAGGUUGGGUGGCAGAUGUAAACAAGUGUCGCAUUGAGAGGCAAUCUAGUGUUUCUUUACUUGACUUUGAAGUAGAAAUCUCCUGACGUGCAAAAAGUACUUUAUCAGUAAACUCCCCAUGACUUUGAAAGGCUUUGUAAAACCCGCUGUCUCCCUCUCUCAAGAGGCUAACCUAGGUUACUGGCUAUUAGAUUUACGCGCAACUGUAUGGUUUCCCCAUUCAUGAGGUGGGAGUGAUUUCAGGAAGUGCAUUUGGCCAUUGUGCCACCAGUGAAUAUUUCACGACUCUCAUAUGGCUAUUGUGUGUGCUUCUACAAUAAACCACCAUCAGCAUUACCCCGUCUUCCCCCUUAAUCCCAGCACAUGGUUACAGUCAAGUAGCCUACAUAAAUCAGGCGCCACCGAUAGUGUAGUUAGAACUAGGAACACAUGCACAUCAGACGGCCGCGGCUUGCUGCUAUUGCAGCAGGAGCAAUAGGAAUAGUCACUGGUCCGCGGUUAGUAAAGGAGGGGAAUGGCUUGAAAUGAAACAAAAAAAGCAGAGAUGAUAAGUAUAUGACAGUUCUUGUUGCAAAUUGCUGCAGUGCUCUUUUUAUAGGUGUAGUGUAUUCUCAUUCGGAUUGACUAAACUGGGCAACCGAGCCUCAUGUCACAUGUGCUUCAUAGGAAGAAGCUGGGCAUCUGCAAGCUGGAUCUGGAGGAGGAUGCUGCGGCAAAUGAUACACAGAGGGCUCAAAGCUUCGUUCUACUGGCUGGGCUUAUUUGUUAGUAGGCAUCCGGUUUUUUUCCUCACCGUUCCCGCAGUCUUAACCAUCAUUUUCGGAUCUACCGUACUGAGCCGAUUCAAGCCCGAAACGGACAUCGAGAUACUGGUUGCCCCGACACACAGCUUUGCUAAAGUAGAGCGGAGUCUUGCGAACAGUCUUUUCCCCAUCGACCAGUCAAAAAACAAGCUGUAUUCCGACCUGCAUACCCCCGGCAGAUACGGGAGACUGAUUCUGCUUGCCAAAUCUGGAGGAAAUAUACUGGAGCUAGCCGACCAGGUCCUGCAGGUUCACAAGCAGGUGCAGGAUUUGCGGGUUAAUUACAAGGGAUUCAAUUACACUUUCGCUCAUCUCUGUGUCCUGAGCCAUCGGGAUAAGCGAUGCCUCUUGGAUGAUAUAAUUACGAUAUUCGAAGAUAUCCGCUUAGCCAUUCUAUCGAAUCACACUUUUUCAAAGGUGCUCGUGACCUAUCCAAAUACAACAUUAAAGGAUGGRCGUGUGUCCUUCAUCGGCCACCAGCUGGGUGGAGUGGCCUUCUCGCCCAACAGCCGAGACCAGCAGGUGAAGUUUGCCCGGGCCAUCCAGAUCACCUAUUACCUUCGCAACCAUGGCCCCGUGGUGCAGGACGUCAUCGCAGAGAAGUGGGAGAAUGCCUUCUGCACCCUCAUCACACGCCUGUCCACGCUCAGCGAGGACCUGCACAUCCAGUCUCUCACCUCCUUCAGCCUGUGGAGGGACUUCCACCAGACAGGAGUGCUGGCUAAAGGGGAGGUGCUGGUCAGCCUAGUGCUCCUUCUGCUGGCGGCCACCAUCUCCAGCUCAAUGAGGGACUGCCUGAGGGGAAAGCCCUUCCUGGGUCUGCUGGGUGUGCUCACAAUAGCCAUCGCCAACGUGACCUCCGCUGGCAUCUUCUUCAUCUCCGACGGGAAGUUUAACUCCACGCUGCUGGGGAUCCCAUUCUUCUCCAUGGGUCAUGGAACCAAAGGAGUGUUUGAGCUCCUGGCAGGCUGGAGAAGAACUCGAGAAAGCCUUCCCUUCAAGGAGCGCGUGGCAGACGCCUUCGCCGACGUGAUGGUGUGCUAUACCAUGACCAGUUCCCUCUAUAUCAUCACCUUCGGCAUGGGUGCCAGCCCCUUCACCAACAUUGAGUCGGUGAAGAUCUUCUGCCAGAGCAUGUGCGUGGCCGUCCUGGUCAACUACUUCUACGUGUUCUCCUUCUACGGUUCCUGCUUGGUGUUCGCUGGUCAGCUGGAGCAGAACCGCUACCACAGUGUGUUUUGCUGUAAGAUCCCCUCAGUGGAGUACCUGGACCGUCAGCCCACCUGGUUCAAGACCAUGAUGAGCGACGGCCAUGACCACGUCACUCACCACGAGGUCGUGCCCUACCAAAACCACUUCAUCCAGCACUUCCUGAGGGAGCACUACACGGAGUGGAUCACCAACACCUACGUCAAGCCCUUCGUGGUCAUCCUCUACCUGAUCUACGCCUCCUUCUCCUUCAUGGGAUGUUUACAAAUCAGUGAUGGAUCCAACAUCGUCAAUCUCCUAGCCAGCAACACGCCCAGUGUGUCCUACGCCACGACCCAGCAGAAGUACUUCAGUAACUACAGCCCUGUGAUCGGCUUCUACAUCUAUGAGCCCAUCGAGUACUGGAACUCCACGGUGCAGGAGCACCUCACAACGCUGAGCCACGGCUUCAACAAGAUCUCCUGGAUGGAUAACUACUUUCAGUAUCUGAAGGUGGUGAAUGUGAGCGCCUCGACCAAAAGUGAUUUCAUCACCAUCCUGCAGGGCUCCUUCCUGCGCAGCCCGGAGUAUCAGCACUUCAUGGAGGACAUCAUUCUGUCCAAGACAGAUGGAGAUGAAAUGGAGAUCAUCGCGUCCAGGAUGUACCUGGUGGCGAGGACCACGGAGAAGACACGGGAGGAGGUGGUGGAACUGCUUGAGAGGCUCCGCCCCCUUUCGCUCAUCAACAACAUCAAGUUCAUCGUCUUCAACCCCACCUUCGUCUACAUGGACCGUUACAGCUCCUCCGUGGUCUCACCCAUCCUCACAUCGGCCUUCAGCGUGCUCACCAUCCUCAUCCUCACCUUCUUCCUGGUCAUAAACCCUCUGGGGAACUUCUGGUUGAUCCUGACCGUCACCUCCGUAGAGCUGGGGGUCCUGGGCCUCAUGACCCUCUGGAAUGUACAUAUGGACAGCAUCUCUAUCCUGUGCCUUAUUUAUACUCUCAACUUUGCCAUGGAUCACUGUGCACCCCACCUGUACACCUUUGUACUGGCCACGGAGCACACCAGGACCCAAUGCAUUAAGAUCUCCCUGGAGGAGCACGGGGCGGCCAUUUUGCAAAACGCCUGCUGUUUUGUUAUCGGGAUGUUGCCCUUGGUGUUUGUGCCUUCCAACCUGACCUACACGCUGUUCAAGUGCUCCCUCCUCACCGCAGGCUGCACAGUGCUGCACUGUUUCCUCAUCCUGCCUGUGUUUCUAACGUUUUUUCCCCCAUCAAAAAAAAGGCACAAGAAGAAGAAACGGGCAAAACGGAAAGAGCGGGAGAGAGAGCGGGAGAUGAUGGAGAGGGAGAGAGUGAGGGAGAGGGAGGAGAUAGAGUGCAUUGAAGUCAGGGAGAACCCUGAUCAUGUGACUAACGUCUGAGAAGCCGUGUGUCGGUGAGCGCGAGCAGUGAGCGGCAGCGGGACAGUCUUCAGUGAUUGUUGGGUGAGGUGUUGGAAGCAUGUCCUAAAGCGAGGGUGGCCAUGUGUUGUAGCCCCUCAAAGGGCCAGAGGGGUCAAAUCUGACCAGUCCUCAGAAGGAGGAGGGAGGGAGGGAGAGAUAUAGACCAGCAGCCAUGACCCAGCUAGACAGCCAGCAGCCAUGCUGUCUAGAGUAGAGACCAGACCAGACCAGAUCAGACCCAUAGAUCAGCUACUACUUCAGACUGGACGGUACAGUGUAUCUUAUCUGCACAGUCUGCAAACGGUUCCCUCUGCUGUUCAUACAGACACUUGCACACAACCAGGAUGAAACUACAAUAUCAUACAUUUACUUACAGUGUAAUGUGUAAGGGGAUAAUCUUAUCUAUCUUAUCUUAUUCUAACAAUUGUAAAUCUACAGUGUCGUGAGCAAAGUAUGGUAGCAUAAGAAUGAGAGAAAUGUCUACCUCCAGGAUGGUGGUCAAAGUUAUCUAAAUUGUUUUCUACAAUUUGUCAUAUUAAAUCCUUUUAUCAUCUACAGACAGACAGCAGACAGAGCAGACAGACAAGACAGACAGACAAGACAGACAGACAGACAGACAGAACAGACA